UUGGCGUAUACGGAUUGUUUCUGGGGAUCUGCUAGUGACAGCCACAUUCAUACACAUAAAGAUGUAUAUACAUAUUGUGUGUUCAUAUAUGUACGCACGUGUGCUCAGUCCAUCUCUGAGAAAAGUUCAAGCUUCGGUACCAAGUUUAAAAAUGUUCCUUGAACUUGGAUUUUGACUACAAGCUAGCAAGCAGCACGUCGGAGUCUCCCUCCAAUGUUAUUGCCAUCAGAGCUGUUGAGAGCUUGGGUCCUAUUUAAUGGCAGUGGCGGAUACACAGUCGUUGGAGUUGGAUGGUGAUACGUGGGGGUAGGAUGCAAUACAGAAUACUGGACGACAGGAGUAUUCAGCUGUGACCACAAAAACAGCACGCAAGCCCAGCAACAUGUUGUUGGCGCCCAGUGAUUGUGUGCGUGAACACGUGUCAAACAAGUGAAACGCUUGGCAAACCCUGUAGGAGACAUACCAUUAGGUGAGUCCUGCGCAGUACUGCUAGGAGGAGCACGUUGAGCAACAACUGUAAGGAUUUUAUGCCAAAAUGUUGCUAAAAUCUAUGUGCAGAGCGGGCUUGGGCUUUUGCUGCGCACUGAGACCGAGCCAUGCAAUGGAAAAAAGGGGUUUUUGGGUUUCUUACUGUAACGCUUUCCAGGACAUUAUUUAGAAACAGAGCUUGAACACUUACUUAUGCAAAAAGGCUUUUAUAAACGUAAAGCCCUAACAAAUAAGGUCACAUAAGGGCUCACUAGAGACUACAUUGCAUACACUGCAGGGGCAUAGGUAGCAUAGCUGCAGAUGUGUGUGGAAAUGUCAAAACCAGGCAAAGGCAAACGCAUGCGUGGGGUGCACUUGCCACGUUGUCUGACACGCUCUCCCUCGAACCAUGCAAACGUCAAGGAGGAACAUGAUGCUGAGCAUACUCGUGAGUCGUUGCAAAAGUAGCUUUGCAUUGGGUGGCAGAGCCAUCGGAACCAAAAGUCUCAGUUGCUAGUCAAAACUGCUGGCAUCGGGAACUCGGGCCAAUUUAGUUCGGUUUUGUCGUGACGGACAGAACGUUUGUGGGUCGUGUCGUACCUUGGAUUUGCGGAAGGCGUACCGUACCACGGCACACAAAAAGGCACAGCGAGGAUACUACAAAACGCAUGACAGUCUAAUCCUGUGGAAGAUACAAAGAUAAUCAUAUCGUUCCGUGCGUAGUAUAUGAAGAAUGACAACAGAGACCUAUUUGGACUUGUCUUAUGAGCGAGGGAAGGGGUCAAAGAGACACCAUAGACCAAAAAUUUUGAAGUUAUCGGAUGUUACAAUACCGCAUCGCAGUCGCAAGAAAAGCAAAGUUAAGACAAAGGACCGCUCAGCCAUAUUAGUGCGGGAAAGAAUCUACGAUGAUCCCGCCUAUACCGAGGACAUCAGCCACUUGGCAAAUCCCAUUCGACGUGGCAGCGUUCCUGGAAAGCACUCCGCAGAGCACAAGUCAAAGUCUGACAUUUCUGGGCAGACAGCAUCGGCCAGUAGUCUGCUAAGCAGGCACCAGUUAACCAAAGAUCUCCAUCAGUAUGUUUCGGCCAAGCAAAGCAAGUACAAAGGCGCCAACAGUGCAGGUGCGCCCUCAGGGAGUACUGCCGUUAACGUCAGUUACAAUUGUGGCUCGAGCAGCUCCGACAAUGCGACGCUGGAGCCAACUAAGAGCAGCAGCAUGACUCGUCGCGUACGCAGCUUAGAGCGAAGUUUAGCAAAAGAGCGAACUGACAAGAAAGCAACGCAAAAGCGCAACUCCAAGCAAAAGCGGAAUCUCAGUCUUGACAACAGUCGAAAUUUGCUUCCGGGCCAUUCCCAGCAUGCGGCACAGCCCAUCAAGCAGGGCUACGACUUCGAGACCCGGGCACGCAGAACGCCCGGCAGAAAGAAGUAUACUGAAAGCAGCGUGGAAGCUGCCCAGACGGAAGCUAGCGAACUAGACGAUGCGUAUUCCGUGCGGAGCUCGGCGAAGGAUUCUACGGCUACAGUACCUGUGGAGACAAACGCAAUCGGCAAACGCUUCCUUCGUGGCGAAAUUGGAAUCAAAAGCUUCAAUUACUAUCUUCUAAAGGAGGGCUUAAAGAGCUCAAAAAAGCUGACAGGCAAGCAACGUAGCACGUUGCACAGUGAGGAAGCAUAUUCUAAAUCCGAGAAAAUGCACUCACGCAGCGAGGAGAACAUCUAUGAGGAGAUUUUCUUUAAAGAUACACCUAGCACCGCUACCACUUCAACUACAGCAUUGGCAACCACAUCCACGCCUCCACAACCACUUGGCAAAGAGGCCCACAACCAUCCACAACAGGUCCAAAAAGGAGUGGAACAGGUGCUACCUCGCGUAAUGAGUGGGCCUAAUGGGGAAAGUGACGUUGGAGUCUUUGCGGACUGUGAGCUCUGCAUGGAACAGUGUAGCAAGGAUAGCUGUGAGUAUUGUUUGGACCAGGCGGUGCAAGGAGCUCGAAAAAAUCAGGCGCAGCCGCAGAAGCAGACCCCUCAACAAGAGCCGUUCAUCAAUCAGGGGUACCACGGCGAAAACAGUGAUCCACAGGGCACAUUGUCAAGGGGCACAGACCCGGUCGGGCUUCCCGCUGCCCAUAUUCUGGAGUUUCAGUCGUACAACCCCAACAACCCCGGAGUUUACAAAAUCGAAACGACACCUGUAGCCAUAACGGGAGACUAUAAUCCGAUCUUGCAGUUCCAGCAAUCGUCGGCCACCACAUCAACUUCGACAACUACAACACCCGGCGACCAGCAGCAGCACAUUCAACCGCAUCAGUUGCAGCAACCGAUCUACGGCGGCUACUACCAUCCACUGCCGCACCAGAAGCCCCUCCAUACAACUAUUGUUGGCAACCCGCUGACAAGGCAGUACGCUGUUAGCGGCAGUCUCCUGCUGGCGCAAGUUGCUGGACCUGGAUCAGCUCCACCUCGCCGACCACAGCAGCAGCAGCAUUAUAUCGUCAGCUAUCAGAAUGGAGGACCAGUCGCAGGAGGAGCUUCCUUGCAACGCUUGAACACAAAAUCCUCCUCCUCGAGCGACUCUCUUCCCCACCACAAGUACAACACAAUGACUCGCAUGGAAGCAAACGUUUUUUCCGCCCCGUCUACAGGGGAUCUCUGUUACGCAGUCGGCGGUACGGCUCCUCUUCAUCCUCUAAUGUAUGCUGCCAGUCGCCCCAUCGGUGGAUCCCAAAUACUGAUCGACCCAUACGAUCCUCCGCAGAUGUACAAAAGCGAUUCGAAGGCUUCCAUUCUGAGCGAGUUCUCGCUCCGUAGUAGCGACAACUCGCAGCGCUACGGCCCCCAUCGUGUGAGCGAUUCAAAGGCGCUACUUCGGGAGCUCAGAGAGUCGGUUUGGAUAUGA